CAGCUGUAGGCGAGCAAAGACAGUGAGGUAGUACGGAUUAGUACGUUCACGCAGUUAGUGCUCGGCGUACAGAGACUAAAGACGUUCGUAUAAAUCUCUUGUCUUCCCUUCGCUUUCGAAGUCGCGCUGAAUUCUACGAGUCAGAGUCAGUUGACGGAACGAGUCAAAGCUCCCGUUUUAACGUUCACGGUUUUCCGGUGCUGGAGAAUUUCUUUGUAGUGCAAUCGCCGCGUCCCUCCUGUGUCUGUGGGAAAGUGGAGAGAAACUUUUACCGAUUGAAUAGAAUUGCUGAAGUGUCGAGAUACAGCGGUUGAAAAAUGGAAAUCUGCAACCGAGAGGACCGAUUACACGGUAUGCCAUGCGAAAAAGCGUCGCACCUCGUUGACAAUGGGGAGAAAUUCCGGCGGGAAAAAGUUUCCACCCUGCGGGAACUUAUAGAUGCGCUGUACGAGGCUUACAACACGGAUAAUGUGAAUAUCGAUUACGUUCAGGAUCUGAUGAUGAGCUAUAAGAGCAAUCCCGCGGAGUGGAAGAAAUUUGCCAAAUUCGACAGAUACAGAUAUACCAGAAACUUAGUUGACGAAGGGAACGGCAGGUUCAAUCUCAUGGUAUUGUGCUGGGGAGAAGGUCACGGGUCAGCCAUACACGAUCAUGCCAACUCACAUUGUGUUAUGAAAAUACUCCAGGGGAAAUUAUGCGAGACGAGGUACGCGUGGCCCGAAGGAUCGGAGAUGAAAAAUGAUGCGGAGGAACUCAAGGAACUCGAGAAGAAUACGCUUGAUAUAAAUGAGAUCUGUUAUAUUAAUGAUUCACUAGGUUUGCACCGUGUCGAAAAUCCAAGCGCGAUGAAUCCCGCGGUCUCCCUACAUUUGUACUCGCCGCCAUUCUCAUCGUGCUCGGUCUUCAACAAGCAGACCGGGCAAAAGUCUAUGUGUAAGGUCACAUUCUGGUCCAAGUACGGGGAAGGAAGAAACCGGCAAAUUCAAGAUACCAGAUCUCCCGAGGAUAACUAAUCUGAGCAAGAGAGCAGAAACACCACCAACGAUACCAAUUAAGUGUAUGCGAUACUGUAAUCGUAUACGGAAAACGAUUUGCAUUUCCUUGGAUUGGACCUAUUGGACUGGAGUUGUUCACUAUGCAUAAAUUAACUAAAAUGUUAACAAUUGUGUUAUUACUAUUGUCCAAGUUUCGUCGCGUAGUCGUAUUUAAGUAUUUAAAUU